AUGGCCCGUCAGACUGGGACAAGCCAGAUGUUCCCACAUCGGGAACAAUUCCAUGGCUUCAUGAAGCCGUGUCGCUUUGAAGGUAAAGUAUCGAACCUCGAAGUCCAGGGCGUUAUCCCAGAGUGUAUUGAUGGGACCUUCUUCCGUGUGAUGCCUGACCCUCCACACGUCCCAUUCAUCGAGAACGACCCAUGGUUCAAUGGGGACGGCAAUGUCAGCGCUUUCCAGAUCAAAGACGGCCGAGUCAACUUCAAGCAGAGAUACGUGCAAACUGAGAAGAAGGUGCGCGAAGGUCGCGUGAAUAAAGCUCUCAUGGGUAAAUAUAGAAACAAGUACACCGAUGCCGUGGAGUUCAAGAUCCGCAGUACUGCCAACACGAAUGUCCUAUACUUUAAUGGAAAGCUGCUGGCUUGCAAGGAAGAUUCUCCUCCAUAUGCGAUGGAUCCAGAAACCCUCGAAACUAUGGGCCUCUACGAUUUCGACGGCCAGCUCCCCAGCGUCACUUUCACAGCGCACCCGAAGGUCGACCCUAAGUCAGGCGAGCUCGUUGGCUUUGGCUAUGAAGCAAAGGGAGACGGCACACCUGACAUUUGCUACUAUUCUGUGAGCCCGGGUGGUGAGUUUACCGAAACUGUUUGGCUUGUCGCUCCCGUGGUUGCAAUGAUUCAUGAUUUUGCUGUAACCGAGAAUUGGGUCGUCUUCCCGCUCAUCCCGCUGACCUGUGAGCUGGAGAGAAUGAAAGCAGGAGGAGAACACUGGCAGUGGAAUCCGGAGAUGCCUGUCUACUUUGGAGUACUACCCCGUCGCGGUGCCCAAGGUUCGGAUGUCAGAUGGUUUCGAUCUCCAAAUGCUUUUCCCGGGCAUGUUUACAAUGCCUACGAAGAAGACGGCGAGAUCCUGUUGGACAUUUCUGUCAGUGACAAGAAUGUAUUCUUCUGGUGGCCAGAUGCCCAGGGCAACUCGCCCAGUCCCCAUGAGAUCGCUGCAUUUCUCUACCGGUUCCACAUCGAUCCGAGGGCAGAGGAGUUGACAUUGCCACGGGCCGAGUUACUUUUACAAGAGAAUGGCGAGUUUCCUCGGAUCGAUGAUCGCUGGUCAAUGACAAAACAUGAUCACUGCUUCUUUGAUCUCAUGGACAUGAAGGCACCAACAGACUGGCCAGCCAUCAUCCCAGUGGUCGGAGGAGGGUUUCCUCCGUACAAUUCCCUGGGCCAUCUCAAUCUUCGGACUAAGAGUCUGCAGAAGUAUUUUCCUGGCCCCACCCAUUUCAUGCAGGAACCAGUUUUCGUGCCUCGAUCUGAAUUCGCGCCAGAGGGUGACGGGUAUCUCAUUGCUCUAGCCAACAAUUACGCCACUAUGGGUUCCGAGUUGCAUAUCGUCGAUACAGAGAACUUCUCAAAGCCGCAAGCCAUUGUUUACUUGCCAAUCCGCCUCCGGCCUGGUCUACACGGCAAUUGGGUGGAUGGGAGAGAUAUGGCGGGUGCGACUUUGAUCAAUUGA